AUGUCUGCCCCUGCGAAAAAGGAAUUCCUGUGCAUUUGCCCCGACAAGCCGGGUGUCAUCGACAAGCGCUUGGAAGUCCGGCCACAGCACCUUGAAAACGCCAAGAAGUCCGUCAGUGAGGGCUCUUUGGUUCUUGGAGGAGCGAUGUUCAACGAUUCGCACCCCAAGGAAGGCGAGACGCCUUCGUUCAAGGGAAGUGCUAUGAUGCUGCUCGCUGAGAACGAGGAAGAAGCGAGAAAGUUGUUGGAGAACGAUGUUUACACGAAGAAUGGGGUGUGGGAUAUUGAGAAUGUGCAGAUUAUCCCGUUCCAAUCGGCCGUGAGACUUCCGCUGUGA